GCCUGGAUGCCAGCCUUACAAAAACGGCGCGGGGUGGCCAGAAGAGCGCACUAAGAGCGCUCGGCCCCACGCGAGGAGCAUCACCAACCCAUCGCCCUGUGCAGUCGCAGAAACUGGCCUCGUAUCUCCUCCUGUGUAGCGGGGAAAGAAACAGCAAGAGACGGACUUGUUAUUUUACGCGCGAGAUGAACUUCUGAAUUUGUGUGCGCCGGUUGAGAAAUGAGAAACAUUUUUGGACUUUUUGUGAUACACAUCUUUGAGGAAUUCAUCUGGAGAAAGCAUGACCAAAAUGUGUGUCUGUGUUUCCCUGAAUGACUCACACAUGAUCCUCCGUGUAGACCACUAAAAUACUAGCACACAAUGCCAGGAAAUAAAUGAUUUUGGAGUCUCCAAACUUUGGAACACCUUGCGCAAAGUCACCGAUACUGACCAAAGCCUUGCAACAACAUUCAGGCGCCCUCACCAGAAAAUAGACAGCAUAGAUAAAUCAUAAAUAGGCGUAGUAAACAAAAGCAUGCCUCGUCCGGGGAAGAACUCGUACAGUGACCAGAAGCCGCCUUACUCCUAUAUCUCUCUGACAGCCAUGGCCAUCCAGAACUCCACGGAGAAGAUGCUCCCACUGAGCGACAUCUAUAAGUUCAUUAUGGACCGCUUCCCUUACUACCGGGAGAACACACAGCGGUGGCAGAACUCUCUGCGACACAACCUGUCCUUCAAUGAUUGCUUCAUCAAAAUCCCCCGGCGGCCCGACCAGCCGGGGAAGGGCAGCUUUUGGGCCCUGCACCCAGACUGUGGGGACAUGUUCGAAAACGGCAGCUUUCUACGCAGACGGAAGCGCUUUAAACUGCUGCGGGAUGAGCACAUGGCCUGCAAGAGCUCCCCAAUGAUGCACUACUUCCACCACCAGGGCAAACUAAGUGGAGGGCAUCAUGAGCAUCCAGGCCCCGCCGCGGCAGUGGGAAGGCUCCCCCACUUCCAGAGCUACGGCAGCAUCAACUGCGGACAGUCCGGCGGCUUCAAGCACCCGUUUGCCAUUGAGAACAUCAUAGGUCGGGACUACAAGGGCGUGAUGACGAGCGGGCUGCCCAUCACUUCGGUGAUGCACCACCUGGGCUACCCUAUGCCCGCGCAGAUCAGCAGUGUGGUCAACUCAAUGUGGCCGCACGUCGGCAUGCUGUCAGAUUCCAUGAGCGCCAUACCCGUCUCCUCAGAGUAUGCACCCUUUGGCGUGUCCAUGAAGAGUCUCUACCAUCACGCCAGUGGACAGACGCUACCCGCCGUUCCCGUGCCCAUCAAACCCACCCCGUCUAUGGGUCCGAUGCCCGGUCUUUCGGGCCUUCCGUCCGGCCCAGCGCAGCUCUGCUCCCCUUCAUCCAUGCUGGAGAAGAAUGGUUCCGACCCUUUGGAGGGCAAGGGCAAUGCGAUACACCCGGCUCUCCUGCUGUCUUAACCGGGUUAAACGUCAACAACUCGAUUCUGUAUCGACGAGGGAGCGAGAGCAGUAUCUAAAAUGUUAAUCAUGUAUAGUUGCCUAAAUGUUGAGCAGGUAUGGAGAGCUGUAAAGGAAUUCAGACUGUAUCUUUCUAGUGAUGAGUUGUAGGCUACCACGCAUUUCAACAUUUCUUCUUUAAUUCAUUAUUAGCAUAUUUCGUGAAGGUAUUUAUGACAUUAAAUGUGGCACUAAAAUACAAUGAGGAAUUGACCCAAAGAGAGUUUUAAUUUAAUAAUAAUUUAGUCAAUCAGAAUAAAGACGAAACCUCAGUUUUUAAAUGUUUGAGUGGAUAAUAUAAAUUAUUUCAAAGUUUUUGUUCAUUAGAUUUAAUUGAAGAAUGGAAUGUGUUGUCUAAUAAUAACACACUUUUAUUACGGCCUGUUCUUAUUAGCACGCUAAAUUAAUAUUACAUGUAAGAUAAAUGUUAUGACUGUAAAAUAACAUUAUUUAUCUUAA